AUGGCAGAGGUAUCGUUAGAAACGGCAGCAUAUGCCAAGAUUAUUUUACACGCAGCUAAAUACCCUCACUGUGCAGUAAACGGAGUGCUUUUAGCCGAUGCCACUAAGAUCCGCGAUGGAGCUAAAAAUCAGGACCUGGAUAUUGUAGACACGAUCCCGCUGUUUCAUCACAGCCAUUACGUAUCACCAAUGGCUGAGAUCGCAUUGACACAGAUAGAAACAGUUGCACAAACAGAAAACCGUAUUAUCGCAGGAUACUAUGCAGCUUGCGAGAACUUCAAAGACAACACAGUAGAGAAAUGCCCAGGACAGAAAAUUGCAGAGAAGAUUGUUGAACAUUUUCCUUCUGCUGUAUUUGUUGUGGUUGACAACAGGAGAAUGAUGCAACAACUGGACUCCGCAGCCAUCAAGCUUCACAAGUAUAGUGAAGGAAAGUGGAAAGCCAAGGAUGCUAAUAAAGUUAUGUUCCAAUCACCGUAUGUAUUAGAAACUGUAUCACAUCUCCUCGAACAGGGUGUUCAAAAAGACCUCGUUGAUUUUGACAACUACUUAGAUGACCUCUCGCAAGAUUGGACUAAUCUUGGCAUUGAGAAGCUGAUUGCCAGCAUCAAUGCUUCCAACACUAUAGAUGAUAGCAAAGAUGAAGAUGAUGAAGAAGAAGAUGAUGACGAAGAGAAACCAUUCCGAUAA